CUUUAUGUCAUUUCAUCUUUCACUUUUGAAAGGAAGGAAAACAUUUCAAAAUUUUGAAGUUCUAUUUUUAGCGCAUAUUAUUCCCACGUUUUAGAUUAAGUUACUUUACAUAUUAUUUUUAGUUAGUUACUUUCGAAGUGCUACUUUUUUAUACGAAAUGGGCCGCAAAUCACAAUCAAAACAGAAUUCUAAGAAGAAUGCAGGCAAGGAAAACAACAAGUUUAUACAGCAAAAAAGAAAAGAACUAGCAGUUCUAGUGGACAAAGUGUUGAGGCUGACGAGUAUAUUCCAGGCUUCUAAUAGCGUGAUAAAAAGUUGGGAACAUCACUUAGAAAUAGAUGCAUUGAUUAAAGAAAUAUUGAAUCUUGAAGGCUUUCAGCAUAAAAGUGGCCAGAACCAAAGGCAAUUGAAUAUUGAUAAGUAUUUAAAGUGGCUUAGUGGAAAUGAGGUUCAACUUGAUGGUAUUGAAAUCUCGGAGUUUGAAGGGUACGAGCUUGGUCUCAAAUCAACCAAAGAGUUCAAAGAAGGAUCUCUUAUCCUCACUGUUCCCUCAAAGGUGAUGAUGACGGAGCAGAAUGCAAAAGAAUCGGAGCUAGCAAGCUUUAUAACGGUAGACCCACUGUUGCAAAACAUGCCAAAUAUAACAUUAGCUUUGUUCCUGUUGCUAGAAAAAAAUAAUCCUGAAUCAUUUUGGAAGCCGUACAUUGAUAUAUUGCCAGAGAAAUAUUCUACCAUUUUAUAUUUCUCCUUGGAAGAGCUGGCUGAACUCAAGCCAUCACCAGUUUUUGAGUCAGCACUAAAGCUCUAUAGGAGUAUUGCAAGACAGUAUGCAUACUUUUAUAACAAAAUACACACACUGGAUUUGCCUGUCUUAAAGAAACUUCAAGAUAUAUUUACUUUUGACAGCUACAGAUGGGCUGUGUCCACUGUGAUGACGAGACAGAACAACAUUCAACUGGCUGGUAAUGACGUCACAGCUUUCAUCCCGCUCUGGGAUAUGUGCAACCACGAGCAUGGCAAGAUAACAACAGACUUCAACAAGGACCUGAACCAGGGAGAGUGCUUCGCGCUGCGCGACUUCAAGGCGGGAGAGCAGAUCUUCAUAUUCUACGGCGCGCGGCCCAACGCUGACCUCUUCCUGCACAAUGGAUUCGUCUAUCCCAAGAAUCAACACGACAGCCUAUCCCUAACUCUCGGUGUCAGUUCAAGCGAUCCGCUUCGGGAGACCAAGAUUGAACUACUCACGAAGCUAGGUCUAGCCGGAGUGACACACUUCUCUUUGUACCAAGGAGAAAACCCUGUCAGUGCUGAACUGCUGGCGUUUAUUAGGAUAUUCAAUAUGAAUAAAGAGGAGCUAACAAAAUGGUCAAGUCAGGGUUUGCCCGGGGACCUGGUAUCAUCUGACGCAUCUAGUGCCGAAGCCGUGGGUGCUGACAUAGAUCGUCGCGCGUACACUUACUUGCUGACACGGUGUAAGCUUAUUGCGGCCUCGUAUAAGGACAUUGUUGAUAACGCUGAUGAUUCACUGCAUAGGAAAAAUGUGAAGCUGUUAAAGAAAUGCGAAGUACAAAUCUUAGAGGGUGCCAUGAAGUAUCUAGAAGAAACUUUACGUAAACUACCCGCCGUUGAGGAGAAAUCUAAAUAAACCAUAAGGGUACGAUCUGAUUGAAAUAUCCGCGAUUCGACCUAAAGGAUGCCAUGGAAUGCAAAGGUAGACAAAAGAUAGUUCCCUAUAAAACACUGGUACUCAUCUGUAUUAGUGAGACUGGAAGCCGACCACAACAUAGUUGGGAAAAGGCGAGUUGAAUGAGAUAAUGAGUUAAGUAUGUAUAUAGAACUUUAACACCUCGAGUCACUGACUGACUCUACACGGAUAUUUCUUCAGGUGUAAAUAAUGUAAGUAAAUAAGCAUAAGUAAUAUAUAGAACAAAUCAUGACAGUAUUCGCAUAACCUCGUCGAUAAUAUCAUGUAAACGACAAUUUACUUAAUUAUUUUAAAUACACAUCGAAUUUUAAUUGCUGGGAUUUUGUUAUACUAUAUUGUUCGUGUGUUUAUUCUUGUUUUUUAGUUGUAAUGUACUUACGAUUUGUGUGCAAUUAUUAUUAUUUAAUAUACUUAAUGUGUUCUUUUAA